GGGAAGUCGGGGUGCAGCGGCAGGGGCCCUGGGAGCUGGGAAACGGCGGAACCACAGGCUCUGGCCUCUCCACCCUCCCGGGGCCGCUCGGACCGGACGCUCCGGCCCUCCGGGUCCCGCCCUUAGGGGGCGGGACUAGCCGUCCCGACCAAUGACCGGACGCCCCCGAGGCCCCGCCCCCGACGCUUCGCGAACGCCCAACCGCCGGGAGCGCUGGCCAGGGGCUGCGUGCGCGCUGAGCCCGCGGCCGGACACCAAGAUGCCUGGCGAACAGCAGACGCUGAAGGUGGAGGUGGAGGAGGAGGAGAUGCAAGAGGAGAUGGUGCUGCUGGUGAAGGAUGAGGAGGAGGAGGGUGAAGAGAAGUAUGAGGUUGUGAAACUCAAGAUCCCCGUGGACAACAAGGAGGUGAGGAAACUGAGGCACAGGAAGCUUGAUACUUUGGCGACUGGCCAAGGUCUCAAAGUUAGUAGAGAGAUGGCUUAUCUGGGACCAGUGCCAGUGAGGGGUGAGGUCCCGAGGGCGGCACCAGCGCCUCCUGCAGACCCGGUGCGCCCACACGUGUGCUCGGAAUGUGGCCGUGCUUUUGCACGCCGGUCCACGCUGGCCAAGCAUUCACGCACACACACAGGGGAACGGCCUUUCGAAUGCCCCGAGUGUGGCCGGGGCUUUUCCCAGAAGUCCGCGCUGACCAAGCACGGCCGCACACACACGGGCGAGCGGCCCUAUGAGUGCCCUGAGUGUGGCCAGCGCUUUUCGGCCGCCUCGAACCUGCAACAGCACCGGCGGCGCCACACCGGCGAGAAGCCCUACGCGUGCACGCAGUGUGGGCGCCGCUUCGCUCAGAGCUCCAACUACGCGCAGCACCUGCGCGUGCACACGGGCGAGAAGCCCUACACCUGCCCCGACUGCGGGCGCGCCUUCGGCGGCAGCUCGUGCCUUGUGCGCCACCGACGCACGCACACGGGGGAGCGGCCCUACGUUUGUGCCGACUGUGGCACUCGCUUUGCUCAGAGCUCGGCGCUGGCCAAGCACCGGCGUGUACACACGGGCGAGAAGCCACACCUCUGUACCGUGUGUGGCCGCUAUUUCCGCCACCGGUCCAACCUGGCAGAUCAUACCCGCACGCACACGGGCGAGCGGCCCUACCCCUGCACCGAGUGCGGACAGCGCUUCCGCCUCAGCUCAAACUUCGUCCGCCACCGUCGUUCGCAUAUGAUGCGCCGUCUCUAUAUCUGCGCUGUGUGCGGCCGAGACUUCAAGCUGCCCCCUGGCUCUAAGGCCACCACUGUCACUGAGCGCUGCCCCGAGUGCGAGAGCAGAUGAGCCCCCUGGUGGCUGCGGGCUGCUAGUGCUGGCUGAGGAGCAUGUCAGGGCCCGACCCCCAGGGGCUGGACUAACCUGGACAGGGACCCAGGGACCCUGGUUUGGGAAAGGGUGGGAUGGCAGAACUGGCUGCCCGGGACCUGGGAGACAUAGUUAAUCCCCUACUGGGAUUUUUGGAAACCAUGGCCUCUUUCCUCACUACAAUCCUCGCCCCGUGUUAGUGAAUAAAGUAUUAUAUAUUCACGCA